CCGAUUCACACAAGUACAAGUUGCACACCAACACAGCUCUAGCGGACUGUAUUUUAACUUUGCGUUUGAAGUUGAAUUUGAAUGACAAGUAUUACUAGAUUUUGUUUCAAUCUCUGAACCGAUCCUGACUGUGUCCACCACCAUCAACAGCAACGUGUAUGCUCUCAUACAUUCACCAACGAGUUCACUCCUGCGGAGUCCCGCCCCGCCAACUCGCCAUACCGCCUCCACACUACCGAUCACCGCCCGUCUGUCGUGGGGAUACAGAUUGCGGAUGUUGGCUGGAUGGCUCGCAGGGGGAUAGCUAGCACGGAGAGGGGAGUAUAACUUCAGCACCCACCUGGGUGUAAACAGCGACAAGGCCACUGAAGCUAAACGUGGCGGCCGAAGCGGCACACUAGUCGCUCGGGCUGGAACUAGGGCUGACUGUCGCCUUUCAGUUUUUCUGAGUUUUUGAUGUUUUGACAUAUUUUGCCCCGUGAUUGUCACGGUAGUGGGGAGGAGGUGAAUUCUCCGACGCCAUCUUUGGAAACAGACUGGGAGGAGUGGAGAACUUCGUUGGCUGGCUAGUUGGUUAGCUGUCUAACUAACCUACUGUAGCUUGUUUUAGGGCCUUGACGAGUCUUCCCCAACAAAUCACAUUUCCCCCCGUGGACAACAACACACAACGCAUCGGCAACACAUAUCCUGGAAAAACUAGCUAGCCAACUUGCUAGCUAGUUAGCGAAACUCCAAUCUGUGCUCCAGACUCGUUUCGAGUCAGUUGGUUGCGCCCUACCCGAGUCCUUCCUUGUUAGUCAUUUGCUGCUGUUGUUUUAUACCUGAACCUGGCAUCUACGCUGACAGGUGCCCAUGCUCCGGACCUCCUGUCCCCUCCCCUCCGGCAGAUGAGUCGUCGGCCGGUUCGGCGUAGACGCUGCCGCGCUCCAACGCCCAGAUAGUCUCCUGGCUCUGCCCCCACCCCCCCGUCCUGCCGGGAGACAGCAGACUACACUACCCAGCAUGCCCUCCACCGUGCGGGCGGGCAGCCUGAAGGACCCGGAGGUGGCCGAGCUGUUCUUCAAGGAAGACCCGGAGAAGCUGUUCUCUGACCUCCGAGAGAUCGGACAUGGCAGCUUUGGAGCCGUGUAUUUUGCCCGGGAUGUCCGGAGCACGGAGGUGGUGGCCAUCAAGAAGAUGUCCUACAGUGGCAAGCAGUCCAACGAGAAAUGGCAGGAUAUCAUAAAAGAGGUUAAAUUUCUCCAGAGGAUCCAACAUCCCAAUAGUAUAGAGUACAAGGGCUGCUACCUACGAGAACACACAGCAUGGCUGGUGAUGGAGUACUGUCUGGGCUCAGCUUCAGAUGUUCUAGAAGUCCAUAAAAAGCCCCUUCAGGAAAUGGAGAUCGCUGCCAUUACCCAUGGUGCUCUGCAAGGGCUGGCUUACCUUCACUCUCACAACAUGAUUCACAGGGACAUCAAGGCUGGUAACAUCUUACUGACUGAGCCCGGGCAGGUCAAGCUGGCUGACUUUGGCUCCGCCUCCAUCGCCUCGCCAGCCAACUCCUUUGUGGGGACCCCAUAUUGGAUGGCUCCAGAGGUCAUCCUGGCCAUGGACGAGGGCCAGUAUGAUGGGAAGGUGGACGUCUGGUCCCUGGGCAUCACCUGUGUAGAACUAGCGGAGAGGAAGCCUCCUCUAUUUAACAUGAAUGCGAUGAGUGCCUUAUACCACAUAGCACAGAAUGAGAGCCCCACACUGCAGUCCAGUGAGUGGACGGAAUACUUUAGAAACUUUGUCGAUUCUUGCCUUCAGAAAAUCCCUCAGGACAGACCCCACUCCGACGACCUUCUGAAUCAUGUGUUUGUCCAGCGAGAGCGUCCCGACACUGUGUUAAUGGAUUUGAUCCUGAGGACUAAGGACGCUGUCAGAGAGCUGGACAACCUGCAGUACCGCAAGAUGAAGAAGAUCCUGUUCCAGGAGUCCCAUAACGGACCGCAGCCUGACUCCCAGGAAGGAGACGAGGAAGUGGAGCAGGGAGCAGGUUGUACCGGCACUGUGAACAGCGUGGGCAGUAACCAGUCCAUCCCCAGUAUGUCCAUCAGUGCCAGCUCCCAGAGCAGCUCGGUCAACAGUCUGAAUGAAGCAGCGCAGGACGACCGCAGUGAACUGGACCUGAUGGAGGGGGACCACACAGUCAUGUCCAACAGCUCUGUCAUCCACCUCAAACCGGAGGAAGAAGAGGGUUACCAUGACGACCCAGAAGUGCGGGGCCGUCCUGCCGAACCCCCGGCCGCUGCUGCCCAACCCCCCAGGAAACACUACAGAGAACGCAACAGAGAACACUUCGCCACGAUACGGACCGCCUCACUGGUGACCCGUGAGAUGCAGGAACAUGAGCAGGACUCUGAGCUGCGGGAGCAGAUGUCUGGUUACAAGCGGAUGCGGAGGCAGCACCAGAAGCACCUGAUGGCCCUGGAGAACAAGCUGAAGGCCGAGAUGGACGAGCACCGCCUGCGCCUGGACAAGGAGCUGGAGGGCCAGAGGAAUAGCUUCGCUCAGGAGAUCGAGAAGCUGGUUAAGAAACACCAGGCCACCAUGGAGAAAGAUGCCAAGACCUUCAACAGUGACGAGAAGAAGUUCCAGCAGCACAUUCAAGUCCAGCAGAAAAAAGAACUCAGCAGCUUCCUGGAGUCCCAGAAACGAGAGUACAAGCUACGCAAGGAGCAGCUCAAAGAGGAGUUGAGUGGAAACCAGUCAACCCCUAAGAAGGAGAAACAGGAGUGGCUGUCAAAGCAGAAGGAGAACAUCCAACACUUUCAGGCAGAGGAGGAGGCCAACCUGCUGAGGAGACAGAGGCAGUACCUGGAGCUGGAGUGUCGACGCUUCAAACGGAGGAUCUUGAUCGCCAGGCACAAUGUGGAGCAGGACCUGGCACGGGAGGAGCUGAAUAAGCGGCAGACGCAGAAGGACCUGGAACACGCCAUGCUGCUCCGACACCAUGAGUCCAUGCAGGAGCUGGAGUUCAGGCACCUGGGGACCAUCCAGAAGAUGAGGGCGGAGCUGAUCCGGACCCAGCACCUGACCGAGCUCAAUAAUCAGCAGGAGUACAACAAGAGGAGGGAGAGGGAGCUCCGACGCAAGCAUGUCAUGGAGGUCCGACAGCAGCCCAAGAGCUUGAAGUCUAAGGAGCUGCAGAUCAAGAAGCAGUUCCAGGACACCUGUAAGAUCCAGACACGGCAGUACAAGGCCCUGAGGAACCACCUGCUGGAGAGCACUCCCAAGGCCGACCACAAGGCGGUGCUGAAGAGACUGAAGGAGGAGCAGACACGGAAACUGGCCAUCCUGGCAGAGCAGUAUGACCACUCAAUCAACGACAUGCUGUCCACGCAGGCUCUGCGAUUGGAUGAGGCACAGGAAGGGGAGUGUCAGGUGCUGAGGAUGCAGCUCCAGCAGGAGCUUGAGCUCCUGAACGCCUACCAGAGCAAGAUCAAGAUGCAGACGGACGCGCAGCACGAUCGCGAGAGGAGGGAACUGGAACAGAGGGUGUCCCUCCGCCGGGCGCUGUUGGAGCAGAAGAUUGAGGAGGAGAUGCUGUCUCUGCAGAAUGAGCGCCUGGAGCGGAUCCGGGCCCUUCUGGAGCGCCAGGCCCGAGAGAUCGAGGCCUUCGACUCAGAGUCCAUGAGGCUGGGCUUCAACAACAUGGUGCUCUCCAACCUGCAGGGCUCCGACCCGCACGGCAGCCCGGGCGGGUGGGGGGGCGGAGGGGGGCAGGGAGGGGCGCACUGGGGGGGAAGCGGGGGCUCGGGGGGUUCUCAUCACGGUCACAGCCACCACCAGGGGGGGUCGAGCUCCCAGCAGCCGUGGGGUCACCCCGUGCUGGCCGGGGGCCCCCCUCCCUGGAGCCUGCACCAGUCCUCAGGGGGGGGGAGGGGAGUGGGGGUGGGGGGGGCCAGGAACAGCCCCCAGGCUAUGAGGAGGGCGUCAACAUCUGGAGGGGGGAGGAGCGAACAGGGCAUGAGCAGGAGUACCAGCAUCACCUCCCAGAUCUCCAAUGGAUCCCAUCUGUCAUACACCUAGACACACACACACACACAAU